UAACCAUGGUUAGUUAGGUAAGAGUUACGGACUACACACUAGAAAAGCAGACAAGUAGAGAGAGAGAGAGAGAGGCAAUCAAGGCAUAUUAGCUUGUUUCCGGAUUCUGUAUCAGCUGUUGGAGAGAGAGAGAGAGAGAGAGAGAGAGAGGAGCACAAGCUGAAUUCCGAGUGAAAGGCGGUUCUGUAACGGUUCCACAGCGGUUUAGUGGCGUUGUUGUGAAUAUUACUGCUACAAUUAAUUGGGUCUAUCAGUUAAUUGUGGUUGUAAAUACACGAGUGUAUUUAUGUGCACACAAGAGGGUGUUUGGAGAAUUUGAGUACACGAAAGAGAAGUAUUUUUUUUUUGGCCACUGAUUGAUGAUGAUUUGAAGGGGUGUGGCCUUUUUUUUUUUUUUCCUUCCGGUCCAUCUUUUUUGACUUGUUUGUGCUUUUUAUCAUGGCGAAUCGAGGGUCAUUUUCACAGCCCAAUUUCUCAUCUCAAGGUUGUGUAGCUGAUGAUCUGUACAGAGAGCUAUGGAAGGCCUGUGCUGGUCCACUGGUGGACAUUCCGAGGGUUGGAGAGAAAGUUUUUUAUUUUCCACAAGGGCAUAUGGAACAAUUGGAGGCAUCAACAAAUCAAGAACUGAAUCAGACAAUUCCACUGUUCAACCUUUCCUCAAAGAUCCUGUGUAGUGUUAUGGACAUUCAGCUUCGGGCUGAACAAGACACUGAUGAGGUUUAUGCUCAAAUUACUUUAGUCCCAGAACAGGAUCAAAGUGAACCAACAAGUCCUGAAUCGUACCCUCCGGAACCUCCAACUCCAAUAGUUUACUCAUUCUGCAAGGUUUUAACUGCCUCCGAUACUAGCACUCAUGGUGGCUUUUCAGUUCAUAAAAAGCAUGCCAUUGAAUGCCUCCCUGGGCUGGAUAUGAAUAAGGAAAUACCUACGCAGGAACUUAUCACCGAGGAUCUUCAUGGCUCCAAAUGGCAGUUUAAGCAUAUUUAUCGAGGACAACCCAAGAGGCAUUUGCUUACAACAGGAUGGAGUACAUUUGUUACUUCGAAAAGAUUAGUUGCUGGGGAUAGUUUCGUGUUCCUGAGGGGAGAGAAUGGAGAAAUGCGUGUCGGUGUUCAGCGAGUUGCUCGUCAACAGUGCUCUAUGCCAUCUUCAGUAAUUUCAAGCCAGAGCAUGCACCUAGGAGUUCUAGCAACUGCAUCUCAUGCUGUGGCUACCCGUACCCUCUUUGUUGUAUUCAACAAGCCGAGGACAAGUCAAUUCAUCGUAGGCUUGAACAAGUACCUGGAAGCUGUCAACAACUGUUUCGGAGUUGGCAUGAGAUUCAAGAUGAGAUUUGAGGGGGAGGAUUCUCCUGAGAGAAGAUUUACAGGCACCAUAGUGGGGGUUGAGGAUCUUUCUUCUCAGUGGGAAAAUUCGAAAUGGCGUUCUCUGAAGGUUCAAUGGGAUGAUGCUGCAUCAAUUGCAAGGCCGGAGAGAGUUUCUCCUUGGGAGAUUGAACCCUUUGUGCCUUCUCCUUCAAAUAAAAGGCCUCGGCCUCCGCCAAAUGAGGUCCCAAUUCAUGAAACAGCAUCUGCUGCUGCAUCUGGUGUCUGGGUAUUUGGUGUUGACUUUAAAAAUCCCUCGAAUGCCCUUCUUGCUGAGAAGCCACAAGUAAAACUAGGGUGUGUGUACUACGGUGGCAUUGGAGAACACGGACCAAGUACGGUGUCAGGUGCCGAUUCAGGUCAGGUUUCAGAACAUUCAAAGUUUACGAAAGAACAGACAGUAGAACAGAUGCAGGUAUCACCAAAGGAGGUUCAAAGCAAGCAGAGUUGCUCUACCAGAAGUACCAAGGUUCAAAUGCAAGGGACUGUAGUUUGUCGGGCUGUGGACUUAACCUCUUUGACAUCGUAUACUGAGCUUAUAGAUGAACUGGAAGAGAAGUUCCAAAUCAAAGGAGAGCUUCACCGUCGUAAUAAAUGGAAUAUUAUCUUUAUUGAUAACGAAGGGGAUGCGAAUCUCAUGGGCGACCAUUCAUGGGGGGAAUUUUGUAAUGUGGUACAGAGGAUCCUUAUUUGUUCAAGCCAAGAUGUAAAGAAAAUGAGUGCAGGAAGCAGAAUUCUAACCGGAGUCGUUAGCGAAGGGAACGUUUUUAGCUUCGACACUGCAGAGAGCUGAAACCUGAAUUAAAAUCAUUCUCUCCUUGUUUUAUCGUACUACUUUCUUUUUGUUGGUGUGGUUUUUCCUUUCGUUUGGUAGUUUGUCGAACCAGGUGGCAUGGUUUCUUGAAGGUGGAGAACGGGUGAAAACAGUAGCUAAUCUGCAGCUCAUUAUGGAAAGACUGAUGUGUUAGGGAGGAACUAAUAUGAGUACUGAAUGGUUAGGAUUAGAAUCUGUGUACAUAUUAAGGAGAUUCCUGGUGAUGGUGAUUAACAUCGCUGAGACCUUUUUUUCUUUUCUGUACGUGUAAAUAUUUAUGUCUAUUGACCUUGCUGGUUUUGAUUGCUAGUGGGUGGAAAUUUGCAA